AAACAAUAUUGUGAAUUAGGAUGCUUUGGAACCGUACAUGAGCCAAAGAACACUAGAAGUGCAUUGGGGUAAACACCACCGAGGCUACGUGGACAAUCUAAACAAACAGUUAGGGAAAGAUGAUAGACUCUAUGGAUACACCAUGGAGGAGCUUAUCAAGGCCACAUACAACAACGGGAAUCCUUUGCCUGAGUUCAACAACGCUGCACAGGUUUAUAACCAUGAUUUCUUCUGGGAGUCUAUGCAACCUGGUGGCGGAGACGUGCCUAUAAAGGGUGUUCUUGAGCAGAUUGAGAAAGAUUUUGGGUCGUUUACGAAUUUCAGAGAGAAGUUUACUAAUGCUGCUCUUACUCAGUUUGGCUCUGGCUGGGUUUGGCUUGUUUUGAAGAGGGAAGAGAGAAGGCUUGAAGUGGUGAAAACAUCAAACGCCAUUAACCCACUUGUGUGGGACGAUAUUCCAAUCAUCAACUUGGAUGUGUGGGAGCACUCUUAUUAUCUGGACUACAAGAACGAGAGGGGUAAGUACAUAAACACGUUUCUGAACCAUUUGGUGUCGUGGAACGCUGCCAUGAGUCGGAUGGCACGUGCUGAGGCCUUUGUGAAUCUUGGCGAGCCCAACAUCCCAAUUGCUUAAUAAAAGAUCAACCACCAAGAGGAGCAUCAGAGACUUGUUACUCACGGUGUGCGUAGACUAAUGAGGAAUCCGAGUUGCUGCGUAGAUAAAUACAGUAUGAUGAGUAUUUUCUGAAGCAGUUUUUUUGCAGUUGAGUAGAGUAUGGAGAGAGUGUUGCUUCUGGUGUUGUUGUUUUUUUUUGUACUCUUGAGACUUAAAAACAUAAAGAGUUGUAUUACAACACUUCUAUUAGAAAGGUUCUUAGCUUAGGUAUCUCAGUUGAGAUGUUUUUGAAUGAUUAUCUCAACAUUUGAGAACCUUAUUUA